CCUUACUUAACAGCCUGGGAGCUGGGAGGGAGUGCUGCUACCGAGCUGACCCGCUGCAGGUUUCCAUCUUUGUGGCAUGACCAUGCAGCUAGGCCUAACCCUGGUGGUGGGGGUAGCCCUAUGCUUGGUGUUUGGCCAGCCUUUGCGGCAGGUUCCUGAGCGUCCCUUUUCUGUGCUGUGGAAUGUACCCUCAGCACGAUGUGAGGCCCACUUUGGUGUGCACCUACCACUUAGUACCCUCAGCAUCGUGGCCAACCAUGGCCAGCAUUUUCACGGCCAAAACAUCACCAUCUUCUACAAGAACCAGUUUGGUCUCUAUCCUUAUUUUGGACCUAGAGGCACAGCCCACAAUGGGGGUAUCCCUCAGGCUGUAUCACUAGACCGCCAUUUGGCACAAGCUGCCCACCAGAUCCUCCAUAGCCUAGGGUCUAGCUUUGCUGGCUUGGCAGUGCUGGACUGGGAAGAGUGGUACCCACUUUGGUCUGGGAACUGGGGUCCCCAUCGCCAAGUCUACCAGGCAGCCUCCUGGGCUUGGGCACAGCGGGUGUUCCCUGACCUGGGCCCCCAGGACCAGCUCCAUAAAGCCCAUACUGGCUUUGAGCAGGCUGCGCGUGCACUGAUGGAACAGACACUGCAUCUGGGCCGCACACUUCGCCCACACGGGCUCUGGGGCUUUUAUCGAUACCCAGCCUGUGGCAAUGGCUGGCAUAAUAUGGCUGCCAACUAUACAGGCCACUGCCAUGCAGCCACCAUUACCAGGAACAACCAACUGCACUGGCUCUGGGCUGCCUCUAGUGCUAUCUACCCAAGCAUCUACCUCCCACCCAGACUGCCAGCCGCCUACCAGCAGGCCUUUGUCCGACACCGCCUGGAGGAGGCCUUCCGAGUAGCCCUGGUUGGCCACACACACCCUUUACCUGUUCUGGCCUAUGCUCGCCUCACAAGCCGGAGCUCUGGGAAAUUCUUGUCUCUGGAUGACCUGGUGAGGACCAUUGGUGUGAGUGCAGCGCUGGGAGCAGCCGGAGUGGUGCUCUGGGGAGACCUGAGUUUCUCCAGCUCUGAGGAGGAAUGCUGGCGUCUCCACGACUACCUAGUGAGCACUUUAGGCCCCUAUGUGAUCAAUGUGACAAAGGCUGCCAUGGCCUGCAGUCACCAACGAUGCCACGGCCAUGGUCGCUGUGCCCGGAGAGACCCAGGACAAACGAAAGCCUUUCUGCAUGUGAAGCCAGAUGGUAGUCUUGGAGCCUGGAAGUCCUUCAGAUGCCGUUGUUACUUGGGGUGGGCUGGCCCUACCUGCCAGAAACCUGAGCCUAAGGAAGCAACAUAAGUCAGGAGUUCCUGCCCUUGGUUUUUUUGUCCCUGUUGCCACUUUUCCAGCCCUAGGGGAAAUCCCAUUUAUGUUUUAACUAAUAGAACUUUCCCAAGAACAUAGACCACUUCAACCAACACACCUUCCCUCAGAAUUCCCAAGGAAUAGAUAGGGCCUAAUAAAAACAUAAAACCAGACUCAGAGCCCUCUGAGAUCACCUGACUUAAAAAAAUAAAGCAGCCCAGGGAGUCAGUUGCAGACAUCUAAGGUUGCCAGCCAGACUAGAGCACUGUUCCUAUACCUCAGUGCAUCUACAGAGAAGUCCUAUCUAAGGGGCAGAGAGACAACCCCUACAUUCCUCCCAACACACACGCAUACACAUGUUCGCAUGCACGCCCACCCCCCAAAAAUUUUUAAGGUCUGUUAAAUGCUAAGCUAUUGUUUGUACUCUCUUCCAUAAAGUCACUUUUUCGUUA